UUUUUGAAAAUUAUUAGUUAAUUUGCUAGGAAUUUACCGAAAUACCCUUUAAUGUCAAUUUACAAUGGAUUUGCAACAAGAAACCAGGAAGGAUCUUACAACAAGGCUAUAUUCAGCAUGCUGUUUUUGCUACAGCACACCUUGCUCAGCUCCGUAAAAGGAGAGAUGGAUGAAGAACAAUUUGUCCGUCAUUUCUCAAAACUUUAUAAAUAAGAUGCAUGUGAUGGAGCAGUAUAAGUACUUACCCCCAAAGUUUUCCUUCGCUCUCAAGGAUAUGGCGAAGCAUUAUAAGAAGACACCCUCUCAGGGAUCUUUUAAAUCCCUGUCUGCAAUAGAAGGGUUUAAUUCAAGUAUGGACACUCCUCAUGAGAAGAAUGAUCUCCGAACUAUUAAAGAGACUAUGAUUCGUAAAGCUAAUUCCAAUAAUAGACAAAGGAGUCGCAGGGUAGGAUCAAAUGCUUCCUCACUGAAGUCAAAGUCUUCAAGAACCUCCAGAUCGAUCCGUAGUUCAUCAAGGAGCAAGAAGAAAUUGAAAUUUAAGAAAUUGAGAAAGCCCAAGUUAAAGAAGAUAAAAGCAAAAGUACUGAAACAAGCUUUAAACCGUAGAGGCUUUUAAGAAGCCAGUAAUUGGGUCAAACUCCAAACUCUCGUAUAACAGCCCUUCUGAUACAGUACACUUACCUCAUCUCAGAGAUGAUACUGUAGUUCCUGAGGUUUUAGUGACUUCUAAAGACAUGCAAAGUCCGAAUGACAGCAAGUUUAGUUAUAAAUCAGAUUUCCCGAAGAUACGUAAAAAGUCGACAAGUUCUCAACAUCCGAAGCAGAAAGUUCCCAGUCAGAGUUACACAGUCAACUAUAAGAUGAAUUUUAGAUAUUUUUGUAAAUAGGAAU